CUUCUCUUCAUCUGCUCCUCAUUUCCGAGAGCCCCAAUAUAUCUUAAGGCCACCCGCCUCACCAGGCUGGCUCCGGCUACCCUUGACCCUCACCUUCCGUUCCUAUCUGGACAAUGUACACCCAGUUCCUCUCUCUCUUCGCCGCCAUCGCCGCAGCGUCGGUGACGGUGGCUUGCCCCGGCCUCGACCACGAGCAUAGCCUCGCGCCCCGGUCUCAGCGCGGUGCAACGCAGCCCAAUGGUGGUAAGAGCCUUGUUCGCCCGCUUACCUGGGGCCAGGUUCAGGUUUUGCACACCACCGAUAUCCACGGAUGGUACCAGGGUCACCUCAAAGCCAGCGAGCCGGAGCCAAACUACUCGGCCGACUGGGGCGACUUUGCUAGCUUUGUCUCCCAUAUGCGAAAGCUCGCGAAGAAGAAGGGCGCCGACCUCCUCGUCGUCGACACGGGCGACUUGCACGAUGGAGCCGGUCUGAGUGAUGCAGCAAGGCCAGUCGCCGGCCACGACUCAGACAAUUUCCACUCGUUGAUCCAAUACGAUGUACUCAGUGUUGGCAACCACGAGCUGUACAAUUACACCAUCGCUCACGACACGUACCAGUAUUUCCGCCCCGCUCAGCGCAAGGACGGCACCAACCGCUACCUCGCUUCCAAUGUCAACAUCACCCUGCCUGGUGCGACAUCUUCCGUACCCAUGGGCGAGCGCUUCGUCAAGUUCAAGACAGACCUGGGACGCCGGGUGACGGCGCUAGGAGUCCUGUUCGACUUUACGGGUCAGGACAAGAACCUCUAUGUCCAAAAGGUGGACGACAUGGUGAAGGAACGGUGGUUUGACGAUGCUAUCACCGAAGAGCCCGACUUCUUUCUGCUCGCGGGCCACCUUCCCGUCCGAAAAGACAAGUGGCCGGUCGUCAUCAACGCCGUACGUGCCAAGCACCCAGACACGCCCAUCCUCGUCCUCGGCGGACACACCCACAUUCGCGAUUGCAUGACAUACGACAGCAACGCCGUCGGAAUCGAGAGCGGACGGUACCUCGAGACAAUUGGCUGGCUCGCUGUCAACUCGUCAAGCUUCCACGACCACAAGCAUCAUGGCCAUGCGCACCAAUACCAUCAUCGCCAGCACAAGUUCGAGCGUCGCGACGACAGCGCGCAGGCUGCCACUUCGAGCAAUUCCACGACAGUCACCUUCUCUCGCUCGUACAUCGACGCCAACAGGCGCAACUACGCCAUCCACGCGGGCCUCACGUCUACCUCCAAGCUCGACACGCCGACCGGCCGCCAGAUAUCAAAGCGUCUGCAAAAGCUAGCGGACAGGCUGAAUCUGUCGCACGUCUUUGGUGUUGCGCCGCAUGACUACUACCUCGACCGUGUCGCGCCUUCGGACCCCGAUUCGCUGCUCAACCUGCUAACGAACAAGGUUUUGCCGACAGUCAUCAGCACCAGCAACCCGGAAAGGCAGGGCACGCCGUCCAUCGUGCUCGCCAACUCUGGCUCGCAGCGCUUCGAUGUCUACAGCGGCAACCUUACGCGCAAUGAUCAGUACAUCGUCAGCCCUUUCCUGGACGCUUUUCUGUACAUCAAGGACGUGCAAUACCAGUACGCAAAACAGAUUGUUGACCAGCUGAACAAGGCUGGCGCUUACCGACGAAGCGAGACCUACGACACCGAUGCCGAGAAGUACGCGCGCGGCGAGGUGGACCACAUCUACACUGCCUGGCGCCGCGCGCAAUCCGUCGCCAGCGUUGACGAGCGGCGCCACCUCGCCGAGUUGGACGCGCACGCCGAUGCACAGCAGGCAGCCACUGCUACGCUCGGCUAUGUGACGAAGGACGACUGCCCUGGCCAAGGCGACGACACGGUGCACACAGCCAUCCCGUACGCGCUGCAGCCAGACUACAUCCAGUCACCACCGACGGGCAACUUGACCGUGCUGUCGGACAGCAGCCCGGUCGACGUCGUCUUUGUCGACUUUAUCCAGUCCAGCGUUAUAUCUAUCCUCAACUCGCUGCAGAAGGACAAGACGUACUCGACGGCCGACGUGAGCGUUUACAACUCGCUCACGACCCAAGAUUUGUAUCCAAAGUAUGCCGAGAAGGCUUGGAACUGAUCCUAGCCGAUCCGUUUGCGGCGUGGCGCAGUCCCUUUCGUGUGCA